UACUAAAUAAUAGACCUGUUUAUUGUUGGGCCACUGCUGGGCUGGUUUUUCAGUUUUCUUAUUGUUGGUGUUUUUUAACCGAAGUAGCUAAUUUUACAGAUUUAAAAUUUCUUUCUCAUUGUUAUCUACACAAACAAAAGGUUGUAAAUUUUCUCCUUUAAUUAUUUCUAAUCUAUUCUAGUAAAAGUUUAUUAAAUAUGUAAAAUAAAGUUAGAAGCCGGUAGUUAAAAGGUGUUUCUUAGCAAUUCUUGUGAUAUUUAUGAUGGAUGCUGAGUUUACGGGCUGUAGUUUACGGAUUUCUGUACAGUGGUGGGGAAAAAGUGGAUCGGUCACAUGGCGUCUGAUCUAAGCAAUUGUAGUAAGAGCAAAAUCAAUUUCAAGCUUUAUGAGAAAACGUAGUUGAUAUGCAUUCGUGUAUUCAGUGAAAUAACCAUGUUAUACUUAUUUUCUGAAAAUAGGCUAAUAUCUCACUGGCAGUAAGAGGGUAAAUUUCAAUCGAAAUAAAGGAAUUCCCGUGGCGUGUUAAACAAACAUAUUACUUUUGGUCAGCACAAAAAUGUCAAAAUAUAUUUAGCGUUAUUAUUCAAUUUCUGGAGAGUGGGUUGCUUCAGAUUCAAUUAGGGCGGGCACUAUGUUCAGGUUUAUCAUAAACACUUUAAAUGAAUGUUGGUUUUUAUGUAGCAAUAGUAAAAGGAACUUAAUUGUGGCAAUGCGGCAAUAGUCGGUACUUACUGCAGUUAAGAGGUGGUCUUAUGGCGCAUUUAUUUAUAAUUACCAAGACAGUUUGUUGAGUCACGUUUUAGUUCAUAUGCAAUAAAUCUCUAAAAGGUUUGUUAAUUAUUAUAGUGGGUUAGCUAUAAGCCAAAUAUGGCUUUUUUCGGUAUUUACUUAUUAUCUUUAUUGUUUAUUUUAUUGCACACAUGGAAACGCGAAACCGGAAAAGGCGCCGUCCGUCGGUCAAACUACACCAGCAUCCCAGCCAAAACCUACCUGGCACCAGCCAACAACCCCGUCAGCUGCCUUCCACCCAAAUGCCCGAUCAGCUGCCUCCCAACCAACAGCCUGUCCAGCUGCCUCCCAACCAACAGCCUGUCCAGCUGCCUCUCACCCCCAGCCAUCGACUCGGCCAAUGGUCUUCAAACCAACAGUCCGGCCAUCAACCCGACCAGCUGCCUCUCAGUCAACAACUGGGCGACCAGAUGCAGCCUGCAGCAAGCCAGCCAGAUCCGGCUGUUCAAUCGGGGUAUGUCAUCUCAAGCCUCGCAACACCAGUUCCUUGGGAGGAGGGUCUGUCAGGGGGGCUGUCACCCAGACCUCGUACAGGCCUAGAGCUUACACGUUCCGACCUAGAGGCCCAAUUCAGGGGCUCCGGGGCCCGUUUAGCAGAUACUAAUACCUCAGUUUGGUCUCUUGGCAAGUCGCCAAUCAAUGUUGUUACGAUUUCUAAAUAUCUUCAGUUAUAUCCAAAUAAAGAAGUAGCUUCUGUGCUCAGUAAUGGCUUUAAGCAAGGUUUUAAGCUGGGUUAUAAGGGUUCACAUCUCGGUUCUUCAGCGAAUAAUUUGGUUUCAACAAAAGUGCAUUUUUCAGAAGUCCAAAAGAAACUUGACAAAGAGAUUUCCUUAGGUAGAAUUUCAGGUCCUUUCAAAGUCCCACCAAUUUCCAAUUUAAAAGUAAGUCCAUUAGGCAUUUUAGAGAAGCCAGACGGGGGUUGGCGGUUAAUUACACACCUGUCGUAUCCCAAUGGGUCAAGUGUCAAUGAUGGUUUUAGUGUGGAAGACAUUUCUGUUAAAUAUACAUCAUUUGACAAAGUGGCUGACAUGUUAUUUAGUUUAGGUACGUCAGCAAUGAUGGCAAAAAGAGAUAUUAAAUCGGCUUUUCGUUUAAUGCCUAUUUACCCAGGGGACUUUCACUUGAUGGGGCUUCAGUUCAACAACCAGUAUUAUGUUGACAAAUGCUUACCAAUGGGUUUAUCUAUUGCUCCGGCUUUAUUCGAAUCAUUCUCCACUUUUAUACAUUGGCUAGUAAGUUUCAAAACUGGGAUUCAAACUUUAGAUCAUUAUUUGGACGACUUUAUUUUUGGAAGUGCAGCUGGGUCAAAUAAUUGUAACAUGCUAGUUUCUACUUUCGAGGAAGUAUGCACCGAAAUGGGAGUCCCAGUUGCGGUGGAAAAGUCGGUCGGCCCAACAACAGUACUGACAUUUUUAGGCCUGGAAUUAGAUACUGUGCAAAUGACUGUUAGAGUACCUGCUAAAAAAGUGGAAGAACUUUUGAAGCUUUUGCAAAAUUGUCUAGUAAAAAAGAGACUUACGUUAAAAGAAUUGCAGUCUUUGACUGGGAAGUUGAGUUUUUGUAGUCAAGCAGUAAGAGCAAGUAGGGCAUUCUUGCGCCGAUUUUAUGAUGCUAUGUGUGGCUUAAAAAAGUCCUAUUAUAAGAUAAGAGUUAAUGGUGAAAUGAGAGAAGACAUCCUGAUGUGGAUUCAAUUUAUUGAAGAUUUUAAUGGCGUUGUACAUAUUCCAAAUAAAGUAUGGUUGGAUAACUCUGUCAUUCAUCUUUACACUGAUAGUGCAGGCGGUGCUACUCUUGGCUGUGGUUGUUAUUUUGGAGGUAAUUGGGCCUAUUGCCCAUGGCCUGUUCAAUGGCAAGGCCAACCUAUUUUAUCAGAUAUAACAUUUUUAGAGAUGGUCCCUGUUUUGUUGGCAAUAUGGCUCUGGGGGGUCUUUUUGAGGGACAGGAAGAUUAAGUUUCAUAUUGAUAAUUUAGGUUUGGUAGAAGUGAUAAACAAACAGUCUU